AUGAAUUUACGAACUACGUCCACAGAUUCCAAGUACUACGCUAGUUCCAAUUACAAAAGCUAUGCUUCAGAUUGGGUCAUCUCAUUUGUUCUACUCAUUUAUUUUUUCAGUAUAGCUGAACAUGCCAACCCAUUUCAACGCCAAUUCCUGAGUGCAGACUUAUCAAUAGCGCACCCCUUUGCAACUGAAGAGCGCGUUUCUGGGAUUGCAUGUAUACUUUUGGCAUCAAUGGUGCCUUUGGCCGUCAUGUCCAUAGUUGUUAUAUCGAAAUCAUAUACUGAGAAAUAUAAAUCCAACUCCAAUCCACUCCAUGUUUUCCAAGUGAGCGUGUUGGGGCUUUCUAUGUCAAUAUUUUUGGAUGGCGUGGUUACAGAUAUUCUCAAAAAUUGGAUUGCCAGACCGAGACCAGACUUCCUUGCUAGAUGUGGUGCACAAAUUGAUGGCCCUACCGAUCAGUUGGUCGAUUUAAGCGUCUGUACUGCCCCGUUAGGAGAGCUGCUACUUUUGGACGGAAUGAGAUCAACCCCAUCUGGCCACUCAUCCAUUAGUUUUGUUGCGUUUUUGUAUCUCACAUUGUGGUUGUCGGGGCAAUUUAGGUUGUUUAAUUCAACGCCACAGCACAUGUACAAAUACAUCUUAGUAUUCAUGCCACUUUUACUUGCCACAUACAUAGCAUUGAGUAGGGUUCAGGACUAUAGACAUCAUUUCAUAGAUGUGAUUCUAGGUUCAAUGUUAGGUAGCACUAUCGCCGUGUUGAUAUAUUUUCAUUAUUGGAACGACUUGCAAAAUGACACAUGUGACUCGCCCAAGUCAUUCAAGAAUACUCCAGAGACUGUUUUACCUUUAUAA